AUGUCUGACGCCUUUAAUAAUUACUGCAUUGCCUGUGACCAGUUGUGUUCUCCCAACUCGGUCUACUGCCUGACUACUUGUCGUGAAAGAGACGAACACCCUCUAGCUAGCUCGUUGAAAUGCUCAGAUAUCGUAUCUCCCUUGCUUACGCCGUCUUUGUACCAGCUGUCGGCGGAGAGUGAUAGUGCCAGCGACGUUGGCAGCUCGCUACUCACUACAAGUGAGCUCAACAACUCGCCGUUGCUCUUGGCCACGGACCUGAAGGAAGCAGAUGUGAGGGACUUGAACCUCAACUACCUGGUAAGCCAGAGCCAGCCGCUGUUGGGUCCCCUGGCGCUGACAUCACAUAACUACCGGUUGUGGCUUGGUGUUUUGUGA